AUGCCCAGAGAAAUCAUCACGAUCCAGGCCGGCCAGUGCGGCAACAGCAUUGGCAGUCAGUUCUGGCAACAGCUAUGCCAGGAGCACGGCAUCAAUCAGGAUGGAAACCUUGAGGACUUCGCGACAGAGGGCGGCGACCGCAAGGACGUCUUCUACUACCAGAGCGACGAUACGAGAUACAUCCCCCGAGCCGUCCUGAUCGACCUCGAGCCCAGAGUCCUCAAUGGCAUCCAGACCGGCCCAUACAAGAACAUCUACAACCCGGAGAACUUCUUCAUCGGAAAGAGCGGCAUAGGAGCCGGAAACAACUGGGGUGAUGGAUACCAGACGGGCGAGUCGGUGCACGAGGAGAUCAUGGAGAUGAUCGACCGCGAGGCCGAUGGCAGCGAUUCGCUAGAGGGUUUCAUGCUGCUGCACUCGAUAGCAGGCGGUACAGGCUCCGGCCUCGGUUCAUUCCUCCUCGAGCGGAUGAACGACAGGUUCCCCAAGAAGAUCAUACAGACGUACUCCGUGUUUCCCGACAUUAGCGAUAUCGUUGUCCAUCCUUAUAACAGUCUAUUGUCGAUGCGACGACUGGCACAAAACGCCGACUCGGUCGUCGUUCUGGACAAUGGUGCAUUAUCCGCGAUUGCUGCAGAUCGCCUCCACGUACAGGAGCCCUCGUUCCAGCAGACAAAUCAGCUUGUCUCGACUGUCAUGUCGGCAAGUACUACGACCCUGAGAUACCCCGGCUACAUGCACAACGAUCUGGUCAGCAUCCUAGCAUCGCUCAUUCCCACUCCACGAUGCCACUUCUUAAUGACGGCAUAUACACCUUUCACCGGUGAUCAGGUCGAACAGGCCAAGACUGUCAGGAAAACGACCGUCUUGGAUGUCAUGCGGAGGUUAUUGCAGCCCAAGAACCGAAUGGUAUCGACGGUUCCCGGCAAGAAGAGUUGCUACAUUUCCAUCCUCAAUGUCAUCCAGGGCGAGGUCGAUCCAACAGACGUGCACAAGAGUCUUCUUCGUAUCAGAGAGCGCAGGUUGGCCACAUUCAUUCCAUGGGGGCCUGCCAGCAUCCAAGUGGCCUUGACAAAACGGAGCCCUUAUGUCCCCAUGAGCCACCGCGUCAGUGGUUUGAUGUUGGCGAACCACACAAGCAUCGCUACACUUUUCAGACGAAUCGUCAAGCAGUACGACGGUAUGCGGAAGCGCAAUGCAUUUAUGGACGUUUACAAGAAGACGGCACCCUUCUCAGAGAACCUCAACGAAUUCGACGAGGCGAGACAGGUAGUCACAGACCUCAUUUCGGAGUAUGAAGCCGCGGAGGAUGCGAACUACCUGAAUCCCGAUGAACCAGCCACCUCGGCCGAGACGGACAAGCGGCUCGGGUGA